AUGGCUUCUCAAAACCUAUCUCUGCCACCUCCAGCACCUCUGCUACAGCCACUGUCUGUUCCAGACAGGUUAUUGCUGGGCCCUGGGCCCUCCAAUUGCCCUCCCCGGAUCUUGUCUGCAGGCUGUCGACAGCUCAUAGGACAUGUCCACAAAGAGAUGAUCCAGGUAAGAAAUAAAAUCCUACCUAAUUCCUUGUGUGCUCCUACUUCAGCUUCUACUUAAUGCUUUUCCAGCUUUCAAGUAUCACCCUGACUAAUUAUUCAUUAGUCUAUGGAUUAAUUUUUUUUAAUCAAAAGUAAUGUUCUUAACUAAUACAAUCUAGAUUUAUGGAAAAUCAUUAUUAUUUAGCCACAGAAUUUCUUGAUAACCAGAAGCAUGAUUUUCUUCCUCUGUGAUGGGACUAUUAUUUCUGGUUAUUUCCCCAUUUUUAAGAACUUGAUUCCACUGAGCUCAUGAGAGUCUCAGGCUUUCCUCUGAUCUAGAUUCACUAAGCAAAUAUAAAACUUUGAAAACCCAACUCUUUAAAUCUAGACAAACUUCUGCUAUUUAGAUCUCAUGGUGCUUAUUCCUCUGUAUGUCAGUCAGGAAGACAGAUAUUCCUUUGAGAUCCAUUACCCAAAAAGGAUUGCUAACUAUUCAUGGGAGUGAUCUCAGGCUUAGUAGCAGGCAAAUAUAUCACUAAAUUGGAGGCAUGUAAUUUCUGUGUAUAAUCUGGCUAAGAGCCAUGUUAAGAAAUAGGGAGUUCCACGCUGACCUGCAUUUUGAGGUCCCAUGAGAGCAGACUUGUAUAUAAAUACAGACGCCUUCUGUGUUUAUGAUGCUUGAAAUCUGCUCUAUCAGAAAACCUACUUAAUUCUCACCAGGGUGUGUGAGGCUUUAGGAUUCAACAUUUCCACUUACACAGGAGCAUGGCUGUUCAUAAAGUGAUAGUAAUCAAUGUAUUAUAUGAUGCAAAGAAAUAAAGAAGCAAGAGCAGGAUCUCAACUGUGGCUGAGUAACUCUACUGUGGGAGUAUUCUCUUCCGUAACAGCAUUUUGGACUUUGUUCAGCCCUUUCCGGCUGUUGUCGUUUGUCCAUCAAAUUGUAUAGAAACUUUUAAUGGGUGCCACACUGUUAUCUCUUCCUCCUAUGAAUGCCACUGUCAGAAUCCACAGACAUAAAUACACAUGCACUGCCAGCCUUGGGAAAGUUUCUUUGAACAUUUAUUAUCUUCUCUGUUGCCCUCAGAUAAUGGAUGAGAUCAAGCUUGGAAUACAGUAUGCAUUUCAGACACAGAACCCUCUCACAUUGGCUGUCAGUGGCACCGGCCAUUGUGCCAUGGAAGCAGCCUUCUUGAACAUGGUGGAGCAGGGAGACAAAGUGCUCAUAGCUAUGAAUGGAUUUUGGGGUGAACGUGCAACUGGCAUUGCCAAAAGACUUGGUAUGUUUUUUGGAACCUUUUCCUUCAAACCUAGCAUUCCUUUAUAGUAUUAUUUAUUUCGUUUAUUCAUUGCUUACUGCAUAAAAUGUUUCAAAGUAACUUAAGAGCUGUAAAACCAUACUGGAUGCAAAAUUUGAAACACCAACCACCACCACUCAUGUAAGGGUGAGAAUAAUGGCUGUAUAAUAUGAAAUCCAGUGCAACAGGAUGUAUUGGGGCUACUGCAAUCUGCUGUGCAACCAAGACACAAGAACCUUCUCUGCUACUGCGACUCGUACACCACUAUGGGACUGUGGCUUAACACUAAGUUGAAUUCCUCCCAAUUUGUUUUUAAUAAUCAAACGCUUCUUUCCUGCUCCAAGUUUAAUCAUCAUAUACUCUGGAGGUUCCCAGGGAGCUUGAAUGGACUUUGGCAAAGGUGCUGCUAUGUACUUGUUAAUACAUGACCCAUUUCAAACAGAAGCGCCUGUGGCUCUCUUAACAUAACUUGUUGUGAACUGCUACCAAGUGAGAAGUGAUUUGCUGUCUUCCCAUCAGUCCACCAGGAAUGGUACUCCACCCCUAAACCUAAAACUUGCAUUCUCAUGUGUUGGCUAUUUUGGUGGACUUCGCUGAGCCAAAUCAGGGGUAGCGAACCUUUUUCACACCAAGGGUCUGAUCAAGAGCUGAUUCAUUCCCUGCAGGUCAGUUUUGACAGAUGGGCAGGACCAUACACCUCUCAAAUCACCUGACGUCAUAAUGCCGUCAAGUGAAAAUGUCAAAGGAGCUCACUGUCAUAACCAGUCAGCUGAACCAACAAUCCAGAGUCUUCAACCUGUGUCUAGAUUGUAAUUUCUCCUGGUCCAAACCACUUUUCAAAUAUAGUUUCAGGGUGCACUGAGGCAUACUCAGUCCUUAUUAGCACACGUCUCAUUCCUUUUCAGGGAUCAGCAAAAUCCAAACUAGUCAAGUGAAGCCUCUAAAAGCUGCUUAGUCAGGCCCUCUUCUUUUAAAUCCAAGGAAACUGAAACCCAAUGAAAUUACACUCUAUGAGUGAUUUUGAGUCAGUCACUAUCUGCCAGCCUAACCUACUUCAGAGGGUCAUUGUGAGGAUAAAAUUGAAGUACCAGUGAGGGAAACCAUGUACAUCACUUUGAGCUCCUUGGCAGAAAGGUGGGAUAUAAAUAUAAUAAUAAUAAAUAUAGAAUAUUACAUCCUACCUUCCCCUAGAAGGGCUUUAUUAUUAUCUAAUUGGAAUGAAUGUUGGUGCUUCCCAGGAGCCUUAGGAACAGUUUUGUCCUUUGCUUCUCCUUUAACAAAGUUCAAGUAACAUGAUUUGUAAUCCAUUACCUAUUUUAGGAGCAGACGUUCAUCAGCUAGUAAAGGCCCCUGGAGAGUUUUUCACUCUAGAAGAAAUAGAAAAGGUGAGUUAUGUGAGCAAAGUAGCUGAAAGUAGCAGCAAAGAGCAUGUUUAUUGGGAGAGUUUGUAUCCUGAAAGGAAGGAUAUUAUAUAGAUAAUUUAGAUACAUAAAUACAACUCUAAGUGAAACCUGCAGUCUAUGUCUUUCUUAUGUAAAUGGUUGGGACAACCAGUUCAUAGCAAUUUAGCCUCCCACCUACUAGGAGAAUAUUACUGUUCACCUACUCCUCCCCUGUUUUUUUGUCUUGUCUGACUCUUUCCCCCCCUGUUGCCUCUCCUAGGGUUUAGUGACACAUGCUCCCUUUUUAUUUUUCAUCACACAUGGAGAAUCCUCCACUGGAGUGCUUCAGCCCCUGGAUGGCCUUGGAGAACUCUGUCACAGGUCAGUGGGUCAUGGAGGUCAAACACUUAUUUGCCUCAGAAACAAAGGCCUCAAGGCUGUAGUCUAAGCUGCCUGAUUUACCGUGGGCCCAACCAUACCUCAGCUUAGUGUGGAUUGAGAACCCAUUGUGCCUCCGUUAAUUCCCCCUUGCCCAUGUGGCAUUUUCCUACAACUACUGCUGUACCACACUUUCUUUUCCCUAAAUCCAAAGAUUCCCUAUGCUUAGAAAAUCUGAAUAAGAGAGCUGUUAUCAAUUGCUUAAACCAAAUGAAAGACACAAGGCGCUCCACAUCUACUAUAUCUUUUGGAAAGUUGUUUGUUUGUUCACUGUGCAUUUGGACCUCUCUUAAUAUAGCAUAACUAAGUUUUCUUCUUACUCAAACCUCAGUAUUUAUUUGUUUGUUUGUUUGUUUGUUUGUUUAGAAUUAAUAUUCAGUCAACGACAGAAAAAGUACAAGCCUCCAUUUUGCUCAUUGUGAAACAUGGUAACUGGUUGGAUAACGAUACUAACAUUUACUCUUACAUUCUUGUGCACUUCCUGGAUACCCACAUCUGCCCAGAAUGGAAAAGAGAGAGCAGCAGGGGAAGACCAAUUGAGUGGGGAGAGAGAGAAACCCAGCCCAGAUGCAUUCCACCAAGCUCUGCCAACUGGCAUCAAUGGCUAACAGUGAAAUAGCAAUGAAUAUGACUUAAAAACAACAGAAUGUGUGGUAGUGCACUUGCACACAGAGAAAUCUGAUCUGGAUGACCUGUUUGCAAGUUAAGCCCUGCCUUCCAUAGCAUGCUAAAUCUCUAUUCUUUCCUUCCUCAUUUUAGAUAUAAUUGUUUACUACUGGUGGAUGCUGUAGCAUCACUGGGUGGAGCUCCAAUUCUUAUGGACCAGCAAGGUGAGCAAAAUGGUCAAAGGCCUGGAAACGAUGCCUUAUGAGGAACGGCUAAGGGAGCUGGGCAUGUUUAGCCUGGAGAAGAGGAGGUUAAGGGGUGAUAUGAUAGCCAUGUUCAAAUAUAUAAAAGGAUGUCACAUAGAGGAGGGAGAAAGGUUGUUUUCUGCUGCUCCAGAGAAGCGGACACGGAGCAAUGGAUCCAAACUACAAGAAAGAAGAUUCCACCUAAACAUUAGGAAGAACUUCCUGACAGUAAGAGCUGUUUGACAGUGGACUUUGCUGCCAAGGAGUGUGGUGGAGUCUCCUUCUUUGGAGGUCUUUAAGCAGAGGCUUGACAACCAUAUGUCAGGAGUGUUCUGAUGGUGUUUCCUGCUUGGCAGGGGGUUGGACUUGAUGGCCCUUGUGGUCUCUUCCAACUCUAUGAUUCUAUGAUUCUAAGAUGUAACAAUCUGUCAUAGUAACACAAAUGUUUACCAUUGAUGUAGAAAUGGUUUGAGGUUCCUAAUCAGAAUAACUUGCAUCUUUCCUUCAUCAUCACCGGAGAAGGCAGAAGAUAGAUGUGUGUUUGCUAAGAGAAGAGGAAUACAAAAGAUAGUAUAGGAGAUGCUCUCUGGCCUUUGCCACAUUCUAGAGGACGAGUAGGUAAAUCUGAAACUAGUGUCCAAGCUUUUCCCUAAGUAUAUGAAAGCUUCUCACAACUUGGUGUCCUGCAGAUGUUCUGGAUUACAACUCCCACCAGCAAGAAGUGCAUCUAAAACAUCUGGAGGUCACCAGGUUGGGGAAGUAAUUUAUGACAUUAGUAACAAACAAACAAGUAUCUUGCCUAACCUCUCAAAUUUUCUUCCCAUGGACUACUUGAAAAUUUCUGAGGGUCUUGGCAGACCACUUAAUAAUUUUCAUGCCUGUUAUAGCAAUUGUAAUGCACUGUGUUAGGUGCUGUAUGAUUAUUUGUGUUUUUACAGACAUGCAAUGGAAACUUGUGGUCCACAGGCCACCAUUUGAGAACCACUGCUCUAUACAUAUUGCACUUAUAUUGGCUUUAUUUCAUUUUUAAUUGCCACAACUUUCCACAAAGAAUCCUGGUAGCACAGAACUGAACAGGACAUCUGCCAUAGUGAAGGAACACUUAUUAACAUUUUUUCUCCCCUGUUGAGCACACAGGAAUUGACAUCCUCUACUCAGGCUCCCAGAAAGUCUUAAAUGCACCACCUGGUGCUUCACCCAUUUCUUUCAGCCAGAGAGCAAGGUAAGCAAAAUAAUAUUUGUUUUGGGGAGAUGUUAUUUCCAACUGGAUGUUAGGCAAGUCAAUGCUUUAUAGAAGACAGUCAUUGAGAUAUAGGAAAUGAUAGGAGGCUCAUUUCCCUCCUAAAGACACUGAGCUGGAUCCAAAAAUGGACUUCCAUGUGCAGAAGGGGUCCGCAGCUAACCAAAUAACUGUUUUAUACCUUGGCACUAAAGUGUUGUGAGAGAAGAAUGAAGCUCAUCCAAAAAUGCUCUUCAGCUCCUGCAACAGCUUGUUUACGCUCUACAUAAACUCUACAAAUUAUCAAAAAUGCCAUGGUGUUUUCCUACCAUUCCAUUCUUUGGGUUCAACUCACUGAACUAAGUCAGCCCCACAUCUCACAGAAUUCAACCUCCGUGCCUUCUUGCAAGCUCCAGGUUCAAGCACCUCAUAUUAUCUACAUUUUCCUGCUUGUUUCUAACAAAGGGGCUAAGUGAGGCCACAUGGCAUUGAAAAUCCCACAUGAAUCAAUUCCACUGAGCAAUACUAUUAUAUACAUCCCAAUCUCCCAACUGUGAGUGGUUUCCAUGGAAUGAAAGUCACUGGGGACUAAUGGCGUUUGUGAUCUAAAGCUGAAUUUACAUACACAUAGGCUCAGCAUGAGAUGGAAAAUUCACAGCAUUACUGCUCCAAUAGUCUGCUCCUCUACUGGAUUUCUAAUAGACUCCUCGAUGCCAAAGUGCUGGAUUCUCAUGGAGAGAAAAUCAAUACCUCUAUGACUGUUCCAGGUUCUGAUCUGGCACUGCCACUUCAUUGCUCUUUCACACUCACACAUUGGCACUAUUUAGUCUAUGUGGAAACUAAAUAUGUUGUUGGAUUCCAACCCCCAUCAACCUCAGUCAUCAUGGCUAAUGGUUGGGGAUGAUAGAAGCUGAAGUUCAACAUGUGAAGAGCCAGUUUCCUCCCCCCACUGAACUGUGCGGUUUACAGCAAAUACACUAGGGGUAGGAGGUGCACAAAGAACGUGAUUCACUGGUAGAUUUCCUUCAGGUGACCAAUAUUUGCAUUUCCAUUUUGUCAGGAAGAAGAUUUACAGUAGGAAGACGAAACCAAUCUCCUUUUAUCUGGACAUGGAGGAGCUGGCUCAAUACUGGGGCUGCAACGAUCAGCCAAGAAAGUGAGAGCUAAUUCUAUGGCUUCUCAUUCUCCUCACUUUUAAAGUAGUUUCCUGGCCUCCAGAAAUGGAUUAGGCCCUGGACCAUUAUUGAGCAGCAGAUCUGUACUACCAUUCCUUCCCCCAAUAUUUCUAUCAUAUGGCUGGGAAAGCAGGUGGGGUAAGAGAAAAGGCUUUGAAUGGAAAUAUGGCAAGGAACAGCUCAUUCUCUCACAUGCAACUCUUGGGGGGAGAGAGAGACAGAGAGCACACUUGCUGCUUGCUUACAAUGAGUGAUUCAAAGCACAAAAACAAGCACUGGGCAGCACCUAGUUUGACAUAGGCUUCAACUGAGAAUAUGACAAUACUUCCUCGCUUCACUUUCCUGUCACUAUUUUGUUUUGGCAUGGGGGGGUGUUGAUAGGUAGGAUAUAUAUUGUGAAGCGGUUUCUGAUAGAUUGGUCCAUGCAAAUUGAGCAUCUCCCUUACAUGUUGCAUGUAUCUUUGCAGGUAUCAUCAUACUGCACCCAUCAACACGUUUUUCUGUCUGCGAGAAGGCUUGGCAAUUCUUGCAGAAAAGGUCAGUCAGUGUGGGAGACUGAAAGGCCUACAGGCUGAAGUAGUAGAGAAACAAAGGAAGAUACUGAAAUCAAGAUAUUUCUGCUGCUUAGUUAAGAAUGGGCAUAUUAGAGUGUAUCCAGAUAUUAUUCAGCAAUCAUAUUCACUGUGACCUCAUUAGUAAUAAACUUACAAUGCAUAAAAAGUCAAUGUGUUCCUAAAAGGUGUAGUAGAUUAAUUUUUGCCCUGAAUGUCCAUCCAGGACUUCCCAAAGCAUGUCUCCCCUAUAUGAUUUUCUGGAAGCAAUAAUGGUUAUAACACUUGUGAAAUUAUGGGAGGGAGGAAUGCUGCAUAAUGUAUGAAGCACCUUAGUUCUCAUAGAAGGAACUAAUAUAGAACCAGUAUCACCCUUUCUUGACUGGAAGCAGAAUGAGGACUACUGAAGGCUGAUGCCUGCCUGAUGCAAUCCUAACCCUACUUACUUGAGCGUAAGCCCCAUUUUAUUCAACAGGACUCACUUCUGAAUAGACAUGGUUAGGGCUGCAGCCUUACUUUCUAAGCAAGCCCUUGGUUUAUUCACAACUGGUAAGGAGUAUAUUACUUUGUAUGAUGUGGACCCUAAUAAACAAAUGAGUACCAUACUAAUUUUAGAGUUUUUGGAUGCUAACUGGUCAGAACUGUCAAAGCCAAACUCAAUUACAAACCUAUCAUAUUUAAAGAUGAAAGGGUAGUAUCCAAUUAAAUAAUUCUGCUAGCACAUACACUUUCGGCUGCACAAUGCAACUUCCUCUCCCUGCUCACCAAAUAACAUACCGUAUUUUUUGCUCUAUAAGACUCACUUUUUCCCACCUAAAAAGUAAGGGGAAAUGUGUGUGCGUCUUAUGGAGCGAAUGCAGGCUGCGGAGCUACCCCAGAAGCCAGAACAGCAAGAGGUAUCGCUGCUUUCGCUGAGCAGCGAUCCCUCUUGCUGUUCUGGUUUCUGGGAUUCAGAAUAUUUUUUUUCUUGUUUUCCUCCUCCAAAAACUAAGUGCAUCUUGUGGUCUGGUGCGUCUUAUAGAGCGAAAAAUACGGUAUUUAGGGGGCACAUGAGAGAGAGGAAAUUCCAUUGCACAGUCAAAGGUACUUGUGAUAGCAGAACUGUUUAGUUAAAUACCCACCCACUGUGUCCAUCCUAAUAUAAUAUGCCUGCUAUGUAGAGAUAGUUGAAAUAGUUUUUAUUUCCUACACAUGAAAAUAAAAGUGCAUUUUAUAUACAGGGGCUAGAAAAUUCCUGGAAGCUUCACAAGGAGAACAGCCUGGACCUGUGUGCAGGGCUACAGAAGUUAGGCCUCCAACUUUUUGUGAAAGAACCGGUAGGAUGCAAACCACAAUAAUUAGCUCCACAUUCUGUGCUGAGUAACCACCAUUGAAGUGAACAAGAGAACUAAGUCGUAUGUGUGCUGCUGCAUCUUAUAGGACCUGCUUUGAGAUGGAUGGAGAAAGGAAUAGACAAUGACAGUAAUUGCAGGCCUGUUGAAUAUUAUAUACCGAGGGUAGUGAGGUAUGAGAAGGGAACCAGAGAUAAGCCAGAGAGACUUCGUUCUAGCAACCUAAGGCAAUAGUGUUUCCACAGCUGAAUGUAGUUUGAAAGCAGGAUAGCUGAUCAUUUACUGCAUGAGCAUCUCACUUUUCAGCACCAAUCAACAGGUAACCAGAAAUUAUAGGGAAACCAAAAUGUACAGGACGGAAUGUGAAACAUAUAUGAAGCCAACUUUUAACACUCAGAAACCAUUCUCUCUAGCCUUGCACAGAAUCAAGCUCACCACAGACAAAUGGUCAGUGAGUGUAGAUUCCUAAUGUGAGAAGGUCCCAUGCAAGCAAGGAGAGAAAUCAUUAGGGUGAGGGCAUUUCAUCCAGAUGGUGCAGCUUGCUAGAAAUCCUGGGAAAUUGAAGCAUUUACAUGCAUUCAGAAAUUACCUGGGUGCCUUUGACUCAUUCUCUUUAUUUUUCAGGAUGCAAGGCUUCCAACAGUCAACACUGUCUUUGUACCUGAGGGAUAUGACUGGAAGGAAAUCACUGACUACAUUAUGAAAAGGCAUGGGAUUGAGAUUUCAGGAGGCCUGGGUGCUUCAGCAGGCAAGGUAGAUAUUGCCUCGGGGCAGGAAAUGAGAAAUAAACUAAGGUGUUUGAAGACAGGACUGUCUGGUUUUCAACAAAAAGCAAAACAUUUUGUAAAUAUUUUAUUUCUCCACAAACCUGGCUUUUACUACUUUAGCUUUGUGUGUGAAAGCAGAUGACUAUUCAGACAUGUAAUACCCCACCCUAGCCUCUGAUGCAGAGGAAUUGAAAGAGAAGUGAAUCAGUUAUUUAUACCUCUAAUUAGAAUUAACCUUAUUUACAUGGUUUCCAUGCCAUUGAGAUGCUGAACUCAAUCACUUUCUCAUUUAGACUAAGAUGAGGGCUGGGCCCUUCUAAGAGAAUGAGUUCCAGAACACUUACUCUAUUUUUUAUAUUAUCUCAUCACUAGGUUCUCCGAAUAGGAUUGAUGGGCUAUAACUCCACUAAAUACAACGUUGACAGAGUCCUCCAUGCUCUGGAAGAUGCUCUCCAGCACUGUCUCAAGAACAAGCUAUAA